AUGGACCGCGGGGCAGCCUCCGCCCCCGGCACUGCCCCGAAUCAGGAUGAAGAGCAGCCCUCAGAAUCUUCAGAGCCGCCACCGUGGCCGCCGCCGCAGCCUGCUCUCCCACCGCUCCACGCGCCUCCGCCAGAGCCCACACCACAGUUCUGUUCAGAGCUUGCUCCAGAACCCUGUCCGGAGAUGACCACAGACCCAGAGCUGGUCCCAGAACCAGAUACAGAACCGGCACCCGAGCCGACUCCAGAACCAGCUACAGAACUAGACACACAGCCAAUCUCAGAACUGACCCCAGAACCGGCCUCAGUGCCGGUCCCAAAACCAGCCCCAGAACCGGCCCCAGAGCCGAUCCCAGUACCAGCCCCAGAACCGGCCCCAGAGCCGGCCCCAGAACCAGCCACAGAACCAGCCAGAGAGUCCUGCCCUGAGCCGGCUUCAGAGUCCCGUCCGGAGCCGAGUCCAGCACCUCAGCUACUGCAGUGUCCAGCGAUCGCUCCAAUGACGGGUCUGAAGACCUCGGCAUCGCCCCGAACGCCGGUGCCCUGGUCUCAUAUAAAGAAAAUACUGAAGGAAGGACCUCUGCUGAAGAGCUGUAACUCCUUCAAGAGAUGGAAGCUCAGAUAUUUUCUGGUUCGAGGACAAAGGCUCUGCUUUGCACACCAUCCUGCGUUUGCACACUUUGAAACUGUUGAUCUGUCUCAUGUUGCUUUGGCAGAAACUAGCUGUAGAAACCUUUGCCACAGUUUUUGUGUUAUCACACCACAACGAAAACUUAUCCUGGCUGCGCCCAACCGGAAAGACAUGGAAGAAUGGAUUAAUGUCAUAAAAACUGUUCAACAGGGAGAAAUUCGUAAGAUACCGACAGCAGAAAACAACCCUUACCUUGUUGGAAUGCACUAUUGGUAUUCUAGCCACAGCCCUCGGACCCAACACUGCAAUGUUUGCCGGGAGAGCAUUCCUGCCUUAUCUAGAAAUGCUAUCACCUGUGAAGUAUGCAAAGUGAAGGCUCACAUAUUAUGUGCUUUGAGAGCAAGCAAAGAUUGUAAGUGGAAUACUUUGUCCGUCACUGAUGAUCUCCUCAUACCUGCUGAUGAAAUAGAAACUAUGCCUCAUCAGUGGGUAGAAGGAAAUAUAUCUGUUAGUUCUCAAUGUGCAGUUUGUCAUGAGAACUGUGGCAGUAAUCAAAGACUUCAAGAUUUCCGGUGCCUCUGGUGCAAUUCUACGGUGCAUGAUGACUGCAGGCGUUGGUUUUCCAAGGAAUGUUGGUUUGGGCGCCACCGAAAUUCCAUCAUUCCUCCAACCGCCCUUACCGACCCACAAGGAGAUGGCCAGUUAGCAGUAUCUUCAGACUUCUGGAAUCUUGAUUGGUCAUCAGCCUGUUCAUGCCCCCUUCUCAUCUUCAUCAACUCGAAAAGUGGCGAUCAUCAGGGAGUAAUCUUCCUCAGAAAAUUUAAGCAAUACCUGAAUCCAUCUCAAGUGUUUGACCUAUCGAAGGGUGGACCUGGAGCCGGGCUGUCCAUGUUCAAGAACUUUGUUCGCUUUCGCAUUGUCGUUUGUGGUGGAGACGGCAGUGUGAGCUGGGUCUUAUCUCUGAUUGAUGCCUUAGGAUUGCACGAAAGGUGUCAGCUGGCAGUCAUCCCCCUUGGAACCGGCAAUGAUCUGGCCCGUGUCCUAGGCUGGGGUGCGUUCUGGAACAAAAACAAGUCACCUCUGGACAUCCUCAACAGAGUGGAACAGGCCAGUGUGAGAAUUCUAGACAGAUGGAGUGUAAUGAUUCGUGAGACUCCCAGACAAACCCCGUUGCUAAGAGGGCAAGUUGAAAUGGAUAUACCCCGAUUUGAAGCUGCUGCUAUCCAACACUUAGAAUCUGCAACCACUGAGUUGAACAAAAUCCUGAAGGCCAAGUAUCCUACAGAGAUGCUCAUCCCAACCAGAUUCCUGUGCUCAGCAGUGGAAGAUUUUGUGGCUGAUAUUGUAAAGGCCUGGAGUCAGAUAAAACAGAACAAUGCAACAAUAGCGUCUGUGAUUUUGAAAAGCGACUUGAUAUAUGACAAGCUCAGUGUCCUGAUUGAUGUCCUGGCUGAAGAGGCAGCCAUUGAGAAGAGUGCAACAGUAUGUGCAGAGAGUAAUAAGGCAGAUGGAAAGCCCUUCGUCCCUCAAAUAGACAACAUAGCCAAGUACAAGUUGGAGCUGGCCACAAAGGCCAAGAAUCUCCAGAAAUCCUUGAAACUCAUUGUAUUCCAAGUUGAACAAGUUCUGGAUGAACAAAGCCGAAAAACAAUAUCGGUUAAGAACUUUACUUCAACUUUUUCCCCGGAAGAUGACUCAGAAGAUAUUAGCCAGACAAGCCCAAGACACCGUUCUCGUUGUGGCAUCUUGUCUGCUAUACCUUCUCUCGAAAGUGAAGACCUAGAUAACCUUAAUUUGGAGCACUUACAUUUUACACCUGAAACUAUACGUUUCAAAGAAAAGUGCGUCAUGAACAACUAUUUUGGAAUUGGACUAGAUGCUAAAAUUUCUCUGGAGUUCAACAACAGAAGAGAUGAACAUCCAGGACAAUACAAUAGCCGCCUUAAGAACAAGAUGUGGUAUGGUCUUUUGGGAAGCAAAGAACUUUUGCAGCGCUCUUACAGGAACCUCGAAGAACGAGUGCACCUGGAGUGUGACGGAAAAGCUAUCUCUUUGCCAAACCUGCAAGGCAUUGUAGUGCUCAACAUUCCCAGCUAUGCUGGAGGCAUCAACUUCUGGGGAAGCAGCACAGCAACUAGUGAAUAUGAGGUACCUGCAAUAGAUGAUGGAAAGCUGGAGGUAGUGGCAAUCUUUGGUUCUGUACAGAUGGCGAUGUCCCGUAUCAUCAAUCUGCAUCAUCAUCGCAUUGCCCAGUGUCGUGAGGUGAUGAUAACCAUUGAUGGUGAAGAAGGUAUCCCAGUGCAGGUGGAUGGGGAGGCCUGGGUUCAGAAGCCAGGCCUUAUCAAGAUUAGAUACAAGAACACUGCCCAGAUGCUGACAAGAGAUCGGGACUUUGAGAACUCAAUGAAAAUGUGGGAGAGCAAGCAUACUGAAAUUCAAGCUGCCACUCAACCCCAAUUGGACUCCCAGGAAUCUCAAGAUAGCCUCUCUGAUGAGGAGUAUGCCCAGAUGCAGCACUUAGCUCGGCUUGCUGAAAACCUCAUCAGCGGACUUACUAACCUGAGCAAGAUCCACCAGCAUGUAUCUGUUCUCAUGGAUUCGGUGAAUGCCAGUGCCAAAAUCCUGGAAGACAUUUUUUAUGGCCAAGACAGCAGCAAUGAGGCAGGUGCAGCUUCCUGUGCUGCCAUUGAGGUUCCUCUAAGUAGAAAUGAUGCAGUCGAUGUUACAUUCAAUCUUAAAGGGCUCUACAAUGACACCAAAGCUUUCCUGGAAAAAAACUUGUUGAGAAAUGCUGAGGCUGAGGCCACACUGCAAAUCACCCUGGAUGCCAUGAAUGAGGAGUUUGAAAAGCUAUCUGAGAUCAACUGGAUGAAUUCAGUUCUUUUUCCAGAGGAAAAAUCUUCAGACACUGACAGUAAAAACCUCGGGUUGAAAGUUAAGUUCCCCAUAUUAAGAAAGAAGAAGCUGGGAGAGGAAGACAAGCCUAAAUCAGGCCAACGAGUUCAUGGUUUUCUUGGAAAUUUGUGGCAUCGCAGAAACCGUGUAGAUGAAGCAAAAACAGAUGACCCCCCAACAUCGUCAAGAUCUCGACCUUUGA